AUGGCCGAUGCGCGCGUUCCGUUCGCUUGCUCUGGCUCAAGUCUGGGCUCUGUAUUCGGAGGGAGGUUGGCUUCCUACUCCGCCGCCGAUUGGGACCGUCCCGCUCUCCAUCGAGAGGAGUGCCCCGACUACGACGACCCCGGCUACGCCAUUCGCCAAAACGACGACUUUGCGAGAGUCAUCGACGCCUACUCCGCACCAAAGGGCCUCCUCGAGGCGCAGGAGAAGGGGGACGAGCGUCUUCGACAGCGUCUCAGCAAGUCGCUCGAGGGCAACGACACCAUCGUCGACACUGACUGCGUCACGAACACCACACAUCUCCGCCUCAACCUCAUCCAACGGAUUGCCUGCACAAAGACCAAGUACAUCGCCGAGCAUCGCUCGCGCCAACGCCUCGCCCCGGAGGCGCUCUGCGAUCUCGCGUGGAUCCAGGCGCAGCUGCCGUAG